UGUGAUAGAUAGCAAGAUCUCACAAUGUCCAAGUUUAAAAUUACCAAGAGCCAGUUUCAAGACAUGUCCAGACUCAGUGAAGAGACUGUAGUGGAUGAGUUUGGGAAUGAUGUGACACCACUCCCACUGGUGGAUGUGACAGGGACUGAGGACAAUUCCUAUUUGGAUUGGGAGAAAGACCUGGUUCAUUUCUUCCCACCAACUUCCCUGCUUGGAGAACUGAAGCCCUCACGUUCCUCCUCUCGUCUCUCCAUGCAUUCUGUCAUUUCAAUAGACUCUGCACAACAUACAUCCCUAUCUGACCAUGAUUCUUCAAAGUCAUCUCUUCUAGCCCGAGUAGUCCUGUACAUGCAGGAAACAGAAACUUUCUGGCACUUGGAGAUAGUAGGAAUUAUUGUCCAAGCUGGCACUGCUGAAGCAGCAUCUGUGGAAAAGAGGAAUGAGGCAUAUAAGAAGCUCUGUGCCUUCAAAGAGGGAAGUGAUCGUUACAUGGAGCAUGAAACACAGACUCUCUAUCCACCAUCCAAAACUAAAUCAACUCAGACCCAUUCCAUAAGGCGAUUGUCCCAGAGUUGCCAGGCCACUUCUUGGGACAUGUAUGAUCAUCUACAUAGUCCCACACCAUCAGAGAAAAUGGAUGUACAUUUCGAAGAACGAAAUCAGAGAGGUGAUAACAGAGGGGAAAGUCCUGAUCUCCUGUCAUCCCUUUUGAUAAUGCAGCGCUUCAUCCACCUCAAUGAGUUUUCACCCCAGUAUAGCUGUUACUGUGACCUAAUGCCAAUAGAUAAAGUCCCUUCCCUGAGUGAGGAGUGGUAUAGGACUUUGAAGAACCGGAAGAAGAAGAGAGCCCUGCAGAAGAGAAUCCUUGGGGUCCCUGCUGAAAAGCAACCAAGCAUUCACCUCCUCUGGACUUACUCUUCCCCCUUGUUCAUGGGAGAAAAUGUUGGAGGGAUUACCAUCAAUCCCCAGAAUCCUCACUUGGUGGCAGCAUCCUAUUGCCAGCGUGGUUUCAUGAACCAGCACAAUGGUUAUGUGGCAUGCUGGUCGAUCAAGAAUCCAUCAUGCCCUGAGAAGAGCUACAACAUGUCUUCUGGUGCCCUCUGCUGUAGCUUUGCCACCAUUCAUUCAAAUCUAUUGGCCGUUGGAUGCUAUGAUGGCACAGUCUGUGUCUUUGAUGUGUCCACUCCUCACUCUUGUCCUCUGGCACACAGUGUUGGGAAUGGAGUUCACAGUGGACCGGUGUGGCAAGUACUGUGGAUCAAACUUAGGAAAAAAGUAUUAUCCUUUGGUCCAGUGGAAGAACGAAGGAACGAUCAUGAAACUCUUGUGUCUGUAGGAGAAGAAGGAAUGAUUUCUCAGUAUGUGCUUGGAUCCAAUGUUCUUGUUGGCAAACCGUUGAUAUCACUACGACACAUGGGUGAUGACACAGGAGAUCUGAGGAGCUUUUGCAUGGCAUUUGAUUCUGCUUGUGAGACAGUUCUUUGUGGGACAGGAGAUGGGGGAAUUCUUAUGUAUCGUCUGAGUGACACAGACAGUGUGGCUAAUGUUUACAAGGGGCACACAGGACCAGUGUACGAAAUCCAAUGGAAUCCACAUGCCAAAGAUGUGUUCAUUUCUUGCAGUGGGGACUGGACUGUCAAGUUCUGGCAUGCGUCUUUCACCCAACCUCUUUUGACACUUAAUACCUCAGAGGGUGCAGAGGGGUGCUGCUGGAGUCAGACCCAUUCUACCAUGUUGGCUCUCGUGUAUUUGAAUGCCUUGGAGAUCUGGGAUAUAUCUGAAGACACCCUCCAUCCUGUUGCUCUGCUUCCAGCUCCUGAGGAACCUGAUGGCUCCUUCCAUGGCUUCACUGCACUUCAUUUCUCUCCUAUCCUUGAUACUCUCUUACUGGGGGACGAAUGUGGCAGGUUACAUGUGCUGAAAUUAAAGAAGCUUGCUGAAGCUCCAAGUCAUGAGAAUCAGAACCUCCUCAUCUUUGCUGCCAGGAACCCCUACACUUUUCUUUUCUAUAUUCUCCUGUGUCUCACCCCCUUCUUCAUGGUCUCGGCCUUUCUUUCUUUCAAACUGAUGAAGGCAAUUGAGGCACGGGACAAGGAGCAGCAGAGACGCUCCAAGCGUGCAUCCAAUGUCGCAAAGCUUCGUAAGAAGAAGGACUGA